GGGGUGGCGGGGGUGGGGCACGCUCCCCUCCCCCCGCCGCGGCGUGUGACGUCCCGCGCGUCGGCGGCCGCGGAGCAGCGCGGGGAGCCAGGCGGCCGCAGGCGGGGUGUGAAGACAAACAAUGACACUCCAAUGGGCGGCAGUUGCAACUUUUCUUUACGCUGAAAUAGGACUCAUUUUAAUCUUCUGUCUACCUUUUAUUCCUCCUCAGAGAUGGCAGAAGAUAUUUUCCUUUAGCGUUUGGGGUAAAAUUGCAAGUUUCUGGAACAAGGCUUUUCUUACUAUUAUAAUCCUAUUGAUUGUUCUGUUUCUAGAUGCUGUGAGAGAAGUAAGAAAAUAUUCCUCAACUCAUACUAUUGAGAAGAGCUCAGCCAGCAGACCUGCUGCCUAUGAACAUACACAAAUGAAACUCUUCAGGUCUCAAAGAAAUCUUUACAUUUCUGGAUUUUCAUUAUUUUUCUGGCUAGUGUUGAGACGUCUGGUUACCCUUAUCACUCAGCUGGCAAAAGAGCUGUCAAACAAAGGAGUACUUAAACGUCAAGCAGAAAAUAUUAACCAGGCUGCCAAAAAAUUCAUGGAAGAAAAUGAAAGACUGAAACGGCUCUUGAAAAACUAUGGCAAGGAAGAAGAACACGUUUUGGAAGCAGAAAAUAAAAAACUAGAAGAAGACAAAGAAAAACUGAAAACUGAAUUAAAGAAGGCUUCAGAUGCCCUUUCUAAGGCACAAAAUGACGUGAUGCUAAUGAAGAUGCAAUCAGAGAGACUUUCAAAAGAGUAUGACCGGCUCCUGAGAGAACACUCAGGACUUCAGGAUCGUGCAGGGAAAGACAAGAAAUGCCUGUGAACUUUAUGAAAGAAGAUUGUGAAUAUACCAUGUCAAGAAGAAAAAUUUGUUAUCAUGUUAGCCUCUAGAAAACUUAAAAUUCAGUUCAUAAACACCUGCUAUGACCAGCCAUUAUUUUUUUAAUGCCACACACAUGGACUUAUCGUAAUGGCACUAUCACAGUAUUGAUGAUGUUUCAGAUAUAUUGUAAAGCCUGUAUUCCAGCUCUUAAAUAAAAUAUAAGCAUUUUAAACACUUUAUUUAGAUGCUGAUAGUAACACUGGUGUGUGGUGACUGAAAGAGUGAAACAUGAAAACAGUGACCUUAAGUGCUUCUUUUUAAGCCUGAUGGUACUAGUUAACUCUCUUAAGACAGCUGUAUUGAUAAUUAUAUUUUCAGUAUUGUGAUUCUGCACCUGUUAAACUAUUUUUGUUGACAUUUGUGUUAAUAACACAUAAUUAGUAGGCGUUCUGCUUUUUUAAUGUUCAUCUGGGAAUGGAGUUUACAUCUAUUUGUAUAACUGCCAUAGCACUGAACUGAAAUAAUUUUACAACAAUGUGGAGUUCUUGAGAUAGAAAGUUUAUGUAUAAUGUAUCCAAAAAGUAAUGUUUCCCAUUGCUGUGAGAGUUGCUAAUUAUACAGAUAUUACCUCAUAUAUACAUACACUGAUGUCACAAUUUCUCUGAGAUGUUUCUAUAUUCUGAAAGCUACAUAUUAAAUACUAUUUUCCAUUCA